AUUGGGAAAAUGAAACGGAGGAAGCAAGACGAAGGGCAGGUAUGUCCCCUCUGCAGCCGACCUCUGUCAGGAUCCGAGGAGGAGAUGAGUAGGCAUGUGGAACAAUGCCUUGCAAAGAGAGAAGGUUCGUGCAUGACUGAGGAUGACUCUGUGGACAUCGAGAACGAGAACGGCAACCGCUUUGAAGAGUACGAAUGGUGCGGGCAGAAGAGGAUACGGGCCACUACUCUCCUGGAGGGAGGAUUUCGAGGUUCUGGGUUUAUCAUGUGCAGUGGCAAGGAGAAUCCAGAUAGCGACGCUGACCUGGAUGUGGAUGGAGAUGACACACUUGAAUACGGGAAACCACAGUACACAGAGGCAGACGUCAUACCUUGCACUGGGGAAGAGCCAGGUGAAGCCAAAGAGAGGGAGGCGCUCCGAGGUGCUGUUUUAAAUGGUGGCACACCCAGUACUCGAAUAACACCGGAGUUUUCUAAAUGGGCCAGCGACGAAAUGCCCUCAACGAGUAAUGGGGAAAGCAGUAAACAGGAGACCAUGCAGAAGACCUGUAAGAACAGUGACAUUGAAAAAAUUACAGAAGACUCCGCAGUGACAACAUUUGAAGCGUUAAAGGCUCGUGUCCGUGAGUUAGAAAGGCAGCUUUCCCGUGGGGACCGCUAUAAAUGUCUCAUUUGCAUGGACUCCUACACAAUGCCCCUGACUUCCAUUCAGUGCUGGCAUGUGCACUGUGAAGAAUGCUGGCUGCGGACUCUGGGUGCCAAGAAGCUCUGUCCCCAGUGCAACACCAUCACGUCUCCCGGAGACCUUCGGCGCAUCUACUUAUGAAGGACCCAGCGGGAGGGCGGGACCCAGCUACUCGGCUCAGCUCAUCACAUCACGCCAGGGGGGAGAAGAACGACAGCAACAAAAAAAAAAAAAGAAAGAGACGUUUUAAAAUUUAAAGAGAAAAAAAAAACCCCGUACACGCGCAGAGACUCCAGACAUGGACUCGAGGAUACAGGAGCAGUGUGGAGCCUCGGCUCCUGGGUCCCACAUGUUGAGACCUCCUUCAGCAUCUGCAGCGGGCAAAACCAAACCCUUUGUUGUGAAGCCCCCUUUUUUAAAACCAGUAUUCCCCAUCCACCCGUUCCCUGGAGCUGGCUUUGCAUCGCGGAUGGCUCGUGAGCCCUCCUUUGGACUGUGUUGUUGACCACUCUGCCCCCAGACGACUGGGGAAGGGACCCUUUGACAGAAAGAUGUUAAAUAACCUGUAACUUGUGUUCUUUGUUCGGUUUUGUUUGGUUUUGUUAUUAUUUGUUUCGGUUUGGUUUUUGGUUUGGUUCUGUUUUGGUUUUUUGUGGUGUUCUAGUGAUUAAAAAAAAAAAGGUUUAAAGAAAAAAAAAAUACAC